AUGGCGACUCCCCAGUCCAUCACCUCUUACGAGGCUGCCGACAGCGACAAGAAGCUCGAGCAGAUUACUUUCCGAUUCUGCUCCGAAUGCUCCAACAUGUUGUACCCCAAGGAGGAUCAGGAUGCUCACAAGCUCCAGUUUACCUGCCGAACCUGCCAGUACACCGAGGACGCCAAGUCUACCUGCGUCUUCCGCAACAACCUCAACACCUCGGCUGGUGAGACCGCCGGUGUCACCCAGGAUGUUGGCUCCGAUCCGACGGUUAGUGACCUUCCACCUGUUCUCUGCCACGGUUGUGGUGGAGUCAUUUACUGUACCUCUUGCGGCAAGCCCGAUUGCCAUAUGGUUGCCUCUUUGAACAAGAUCAGUCAGCCCAUCACGGGCAUGUGCCAGUUCACCUUGCCAUGGGAGGACCCUUUUACUGCCUACGAUGAGGAGAUGAUGGACGAGGACUCUGAUGACGCCAAGACAGAGUCUGAUGACUUCUUCUCCGACGUGAGCGAAGAGUUUCUUGACGAGAUCUCCAUGAUUUGCCAGCACACCGAAGCUGUCUUCUUCCAGUCUCAGCAGCGAAGCGCUGAAACCGGCAUGAAACUGUUCUACGUCUGCUGCGAAUGCGGUCACAUUUUCACUUGA